AUGCUUUAUCAUAUUGGUGGUCCCAAGGCAUCACUGCAUUUUUUGUGGAAGAUUGAAGAUUCUGAAGGAGAUCGUCUUAAUAAGUGUGUCUAUAUCAUCAGAAAGAUUGAAGAAGAUGCCCCUAUCUAUGAAAAGAAGAUAAUAAAGAGAGGAUUUAAGCACACAUUUGGUUUUGUGGGCAGUCCUGUGGUGCUUCGGGCUAUUUUUCGAGAUCUAACCAAUGACAACACUAGUGCUAACUCACUUAAUGAAAAAGAAAUCGAUCUGAGAUUUGAACAUGCAAUGCUUUGUGAAGAUCCUAGCAUACUUGUAGGUUUGCAACACCAAUCUCCCAAUGUAAAGGAGGAUUCCUUCAGUGUCUCUUUAGAGGCUACAGAGAAGUUUUUGAAGAAUGAUGUUGGUGUUGCUUGUCAUGAAAGAUGGCAUGGUGAGCAGCUAUAUCUUGCCAAGGCAGUGAGCUUUCAAAAUCUUCACAGACAAGUGAAAGAGAUUGUGCCUCAAGGCACCAAAAUUCCUUCCGUUAAAUGGUUGAGGUAUCAAUUUCAACCAAUCAAGCAGCAUGCAAAUACGGCGAAGUACUAUAAAGGAUCGAUGAACAUCAAAAUGAUGGUCCAGAAGCGACAGGUAUUCCAACAAUGUUCAUGGUAACUUUAUUUUAGUAUCUCACCAUUUUAUAGCUGAACUUUAUAGCAGACAUUGCACAGGCCAUUUAUACCCUUAAUACCUAUCAUUCAUUAAAGUGGUACUAAUCUCUUAGAGAAUUUUUUGUUUAGCAUGUAAUAUAUGGGUUAUUUGAUGAAAUGUAAAAUAUCUUCACUUUUUCACUUUCAAAAUUUUUAGAUAUAUUUAAUGCAAAUUAGUUUUCUUUUGUCUAUUAAUAGUAAUAUGCCCCUGAUGACAUCAUAUUUAAAAAAUUUGAGAGUGAAAAAUCUGCCAAGAUGAGGUUUUUGUUUAUAAAGAUAUAUUAUUUUCCUUCUUGUGAUAACUCAAAUAUUACAUGGACAAAAAUUUGUCUCAGGGUUACCACUUCAAUUUAAUAUUAUCUUGUUCUAGAUUCGAGUGAAUCAUGUUGACUCACACUAUUGUGCAGCUAUGUGGAGGUACAUGUGA